AUGGUGAUCACUGACAGAAACACCGGUACCCCUGUACCUAAAAAGGAGCCCCAGAAGAAGACGAGGAGGAAGUCUCGCCCUCAUGGCCUGCCCUCUCCGGCACUCUGCUGUGCCUGUGGCCUAUGCAUCAUGCUGGCCGGACUGAACAUCACCCUGGUGGGAGCGUUCGCCUUCAGCACACUGGUGCCUUCUGCCAACCCUCCAAUCAUCAUCGGACCUAUCCUACUGCUGGUGGCCUUUUCCUUUUUUGGGGCCUGUUGUGUCUGCAGCCGCCUCCCCCCUCCCCACAGCUCACGGAGGUCUAAGGUGGGCGGCAGGGGCUCGGGGCUAAUGGGACAUGGCGGGCUGGCCGGUGGGGCAGCGUUUGAAAUAGAGACCAGCGAGCACACGCUGCAGGAUACUACAGCCGUGCAGCUGAGCCCCACAUCCUCCCCUGGAUCAUCCCAGGCGUCCAGCCCAGAAAAGGAGGCUCCUGAUGCGGCCCUGUCAGGACCCUGCAAGCUCUUCACCAUGGAGACCAACGGCCCUUCUUCUGUUUCAGCCACUGCAGUCUACUCUGCCUCCACAGCAGCAGGAGGGGAGGUGAGGCUCAACCUGCCACGUGAAGAAAUGGUCACCUAG